CUCAAGUCCGUCGAUCAUGGCGCCCAACCUCAAAAUGAUGGGCGUGACGCUCACUCUAGCGAUCGCCACGCGCUCCGUGCUGGACACCAACGACACAUUCCAAACGACCAUUGUGCAGAGCAUUUACGGUCUCUCGCAGCUCUUUUGCUAUGGCGUACUGCUCUAUCUUUACGUCAAGGCCAAGAACAACACGGAACCUGGUGUAGUGACUGUAAAGGAGGACUUGGGCUUCGGUCAGACUGGAGACCGCGAUGAGAAGAUCACGGUGGCGGAGCACGACCAGCGCGUGGCCAUGAAGGAGAUCCAACGCUACGCUCUGGGCACGGCCGUGACGGUGCUGGUGCACUGGAAGUGGGGCUUCUUCCCGCCGCUUGUGAUCCAGUCCAUCACACAGCCUUUUAACCUGUUCCAAGCACCCAUUGUCAAGGUGACGCUGCUGGGUGAGCGUGCAUGGGGAGAGCUGCGUCGUCCCUGGACGGACCGUAACGAUAUGAGCAAGUCCAUCAACUCGUGGAACGAUACGAUCAUGUCGGCCAUGGGCGAGACUCCGGCCAAGGUCAACAAGAAGGCCAGCAAGAAGGCUGCCAAGCGCAAGAACAAGUAGAAAAGAACAGAGACGAGAUAGAUUGAGAGAGAUGGUGUUCUUCUUCUUCUUUCACCGACGCCGUGACGUCGCUGUAGAUACGAAAUCGGCCUCAUCGCGAGGACAAAGCUGCUCGUAUGGCACUUUCUUGACGACUCGACCGGUGCGCAACAGCAGAUCGAACCGGUUCACUGAAUGCACGUGUGCAAUCUUGGCCUUGUA